AACUCAUCGUCCCGUUCGCGUCGCGACGCGCGGAGGAGACGAGAGUCAGCGGGAGGAGGGGACGGAGACGCGGAGGCGAAGACGACGAAACCGACGGGACCUUCGAUGACCGCCGUCUCGGGCCUCGCGUGAUUCGAUCUCUCCUCUCCCCAACCCUUUCAUGCGACGAUCGAAUGCCCGCAAAGCCGGGAGCAACAAGAAAUCAUCCGCCACCUCCGCCGCCGCCGCCGCCGACGACGACGACGACGACCAGCGCCGCAGCACCGAGGCCGACGGCGACGGCGACGGCGACGGCCGCGGCAUGGAUCCGAUCAAGCUCCAGCUCCGCCACAGCUCCCGAUCCACCAACCUCUUCUCCCGAAACGCUAAGCACCCUCCCAGAUCGAACCUCUGCCUCCUGUCUUCCGUCCUGCUCGCGCUCGUCCUCGUCCUCUGCUACGCGUUCCUCUCCCCUCGCGGCCUCUCGAUCUUCGCGAGGAGGAGGUACGCGAUCGUGAUCGACGGGGGCAGCACGGGGACGCGGAUGCACGUGUUCAGCUACGGUAGCGGGGACGGUGCGGCGUUCGAUUUCGGGCAAGACGGGCUGGCGUCGUUGCGGGUUAAUCCGGGCUUGUCGGCGUACGCGGAGGAUCCGGGCGAGGCGGGCGCCUCACUGGCCGAGCUGGUGGAGUUCGCGAGGCGGAAGGUGCCGAGGGAAUUCUGGGGAGAGACCGAGGUCCGGCUGAUGGCGACGGCAGGGCUGCGGAUGCUCGAACGGCGCGUCCAGGAUCAGAUCCUCGACUCAUGCCGGAAGGUUCUUCGCGUGUCCGGAUUCCAGUUCCAGGAUGAGUGGGCUUCGGUUAUUACAGGGUCUGAUGAAGGGGUGUACGCUUGGGUGGUUGCUAAUUAUGCACUCGGUGCUCUUGGGGGUGAUCCACAGGACACUACUGGUAUCAUUGAACUUGGUGGGGCUUCUGCUCAGGUGACCUUUUCUUCAAGGGAGCCAUUACCUUCUGAAUUUUCACGAACUGUGAAAUUUGGAAACAUCACAUACAACCUCUACAGCCACAGCUUUCUUCAAUUUGGCCAGAUUGUUGCGUUUGAGUCAUUGAAAGAACUGCUUCUUUCUGAAGAAAAGAAUUUGGAUGAUGAGUCUCUUCAAAAGGGGAUGUUAAUUGAUCCUUGCACCCCAAAAGGGUACUCUCAUGCCGAGCCAUUGAAGCUCUCACCGGAUUCAGUGGAUGAUAAAGAGAGACUCUUGUCCACUUUUGAUUCCAAGGGCAACUUCUCAGAGUGCAGAUCUGCGGCCUUUAAACUAUUACAAAAGGAAAAUGAUAAGUGUGCUUAUCGACAAUGCUACAUAGGAUCAACUUUCACGCCUAAGCUUCAAGGGAGAUUUCUUGCUACAGAGAAUUUUUUCUAUACGUCAAAGUUUUUUGGAUUGACGCAAAAAGCAGUUCUUUCUGAUUUGAUGUUGGCUGGGGAACAUUUUUGUGGAGAGGAUUGGUCAAUCUUGAAGAAGAGACAUCAUUCGAUCAAUGAGGAAGACUUACUACGCUACUGCUUCUCUUCAGCUUAUAUUGUAGCCUUCCUUCAUGAUAGUCUUGGAAUCGCAUUGAAUGAUGAUAGGAUUGCAUUUGCUAAUCAGGUAGGGAGUGUCCCUCUGGAUUGGGCUCUCGGAGCUUUCAUCUUGCAGACCACAGCUGCUGCGGAUGCAGAGAAGCCCAACUGGCCCUUCGCCAUUCUCAUUAAUCACUCGCCCAUCCUACUCUCGGUAGUUGCUAUUCUGAUGAUAUCCAUGCUUGUCUCAUGGACCCUAUCAAAGUGGAGGAAGCCUCAAGUAAAGACCAUUUAUGACUUAGAGAAGGGACGGUAUAUAGUGACUCGGGUGAACAGGUGCUGAUUGUUUCCUUAGAGCAACUAACCAUCUUCUGCAUCCAUACAAUCGGAAGAAAUGAGCCAUGACUGUUUGGCACCACGAUUUGUCGGUAUCUUUCUUCCGCAUUUUUUAGCCUGAAGGGACUCUCUGAGGGCUGAACGGGGGCUCUCGGAUUGUAUAUAGUAGGAUCUUUGCAGGGAUUGUGCAAUGACAUCUUUGGGAGGUCGAGCAUCCUUCAUGCCCUAUACCAUUCUUUCUUUCCUCUUUUUACUUUUUUGGGUGCAUACGGAAAUAUUUAGAAAGCUCAUCCUAGCCACACCACCGAACAUCACCCUUGGAUUAGUGCUUUGUUGUGAAGUAUAAUUUUCUGGCAACUUGGGCCCGCCAUAUCUAUCAUUGUAUCACGACGUGUACACUUGACUUGAGCUUUAAAUUUAUAAAAUGAAUGCAAUUCUCUCCUCUCUUUGGGAGGUACA